AGUGAAAGCAAGUUAAACACAUUGGUGCAGAAACUUCACGAAUAUUUAGCUCAUUCCUCAGAGGAGUCUGAGGACACAACUUCACCGACCAGACAAUCCGGGGCCAAGAGUGCAGCAAGGGCCAAAUCCACACACAGACUGCUCCCUAUGGAGACCAGCAUGGAAGAGGGAGGAUCCUCGGAGAAGACCAGACUCCUGGGAUCAUCUCGCUCCAAAAGGAAGCCCAGCUUUGUGACGAAGUAUGUGGAGUCUGACGAGGAUCCCAAAGAAGAAAUCGUAAUAGCGGACACAAACUCGGAUCCUGAGGUGGACAUGGAGAGCCUGCCUUUAGGGACCGUUGUGGUGCAGCCGGAGCCGGUUCUAAAUGAAGACAAAGAUGACUUCAAAGGACCAGAAUUUAGAAGUCGAAGCAAAGUUAAAACUGACCCUUCGUUGUCCAAGAAACGUCCAGAGGACGGCCUCCAUGGAAUCGUUAGCUGCACCUCCUGUGGACAACAAGUCAAUCACUUCCACAAGGACUCCAUUUAUCGGCACCCCGCCCUCCAGGUCCUGAUAUGUAAGAGGUGGUGUGCCGAAGGAGGAAAUCUCAUUUGCUGCGAUUUCUGCCACAACGCCUUCUGCAAAACCUGCAUCCUUCGGAACCUCGGGCGGAGAGAGCUGUCUACUAUUAUGGAUGAAGAAAGCAAAUGGCAAUGCUAUAUCUGCCAGCCGGAACCCUUGGUGGACUUGGUGGCCGCGUGUAACACUGUGUUUGACAACUUAGAGCAAUUGCUGCAACAAAACAAAAAGAAAAUUCGGGUAGAAAAUGACAAGGGCAAGGUUUGUGACCAAAAUCAAAAAACCUCAAGCUGUAAUGGACAAGAAAAACUUGCCAGUUCCUAUUCUGGGGCAGUGACCUAUUCGUACAAAGCACUUAUGGUGCCUAAAGACAUGGUAAAAAAAACAAAAAGAAUAGCGGAGACGACCAACAACCUAAAUAAGAGCUUCAUCAAGUUCCUACGACAGGAAUCUGAAAACGUGGUCAUUAACUCCAGUAAUAGGAUAAGACAGCUGAAAGCCUUCAAAUCUGUCUUGGGAGACUUGAGGAAGGCCCAUGAGGCCCUGGAGGAGACUCUGGCUUUGGAGCUUGCAUCGGCUCAAAGGAAAAAAUCGUCGAAGAAGAGCAAGGAUGUGACCAACGAGUCCAAACAGUCAAAAGAGAAAAAGACAAACGAACAGGAUGGCGAACGCCAGAAAUCAUCCACCAAUGCACGCGACGGGGAAAAGGUGACCAAUUGUGAAGGUGGAAAACACAAAGCCUCUGAAGAGAGACCAGAGAGAGACCAUAAUGGGAAGCAGAUUGAAGUUCUGGAUGAUGAUGAUGAGAAGACCUGCAAAAUGAUGAGGUGAAGGAGGUGUCCCCUACGAAGGAGAGUUUAGAUGAUGCUGCUAUGGAAGUGGAGGAUGUCGAGCUAGUGGAAGACGUUGUGAAAACCGACACAGAGCAGGGAGCCGAACAAGAGAACACCGAUGGUGAUUCCGACUUGGGGAGAGAAGAGCUCCAAAUCCGAGAAAAGCAGAAAGAAAAAGGCAACCAAAAAAUCCAGACACGCCUCAGGUGAAAGUAGGAGGAGAAACUCAGACAAGCCCAAGAAAGAGCAUGCGUCCAGUGCCGAGUCCGAGGAUGACAAUUCACCAAAAGACGCAAAAUCCCGCACGUCUCAGAACACCAAAAAAGACCAAUCCUAUGAACGGAACGCCGGAGAACCUCUGGACAUGGACAUAGUCUCUGUUCCCUCUUCAGUCCCUGAAGAUAUAUUUGAUAGCUUGGAUUCUGAGGCCCAAAACUCUCUCAAUGAUUCUGCCUUAAAAAGCAGCAAAAAAGAUGACAAGGAGCCCAAAACCUCCGUCAAAAAGGAGCUGAUUCUGAAACUGACUCCCUUGUCCUUCAAGGGAUCGAAGAGCUCCGAGAAGACUCCAAACAAGAAAGCCAAAGGCUCUGGAAGUGAUGAUGCCGGGAGCUCCGGCAACGAACAUUCAUCCGACAACGACCCCAAACGACGGAAAUCUCCCCGCGUUAAAACGACGCCCAAGAGGCGUCAGAAUGAAGCCGUGCCCUUGUCCAAUACAGAGGAGGAAAGUAGUGCCGAUAAGGAGAAGAAGAAGUCUAAAAGUGAAUCAAAGCCGAAGGGAAGGAAAGAGAAGCACUCCUCUGCAGACAGGUCCGCCAAUUCAAAAAGUAGAAAAUCCAAAAAAUCCGAUGAGAAAACGCAGAAAAGUGGUUCUGACUCCGACGAAAUGCCAGAAGUCCUCAAAAAGGCGGCUUUGAUGAGCAACUCCUCAUCUGAACCUGACAGCGAUACGGAGACCAAAGCGGCCAAGGGGAAAGACCGCCAGAAGGGCGGAGGGAAGAGGAAAAGGAAGAGUUCUAGUUCUGGUACCGAGGUGACCAAACGGAAAACCAGAAAUUCUACAGCUGCUAAAAAACAGUGUGCAGAGCACUCAGACUCCUCCAACUACGACUCUGAUCUGGAGAAGAAGAUCCAGAAACUGGGAAAUAUUGAGGUUGCCAAGAAAUCCACCCGCAAGAAAACCAAAAGCUACGAGGAGAGUGGCUCCUCCGCCGAGGAAAAGGAGAGCAAAAAACACAAACAAAAAAAUAAACCCUCCAAGGAGCGCAGCAAGGCAACCAAGGCGAAAAAACAAUCUGCCUCGUCGUCUGACCUGUCGGAGGACAGCCAUGACCAUGCGAGCCAUCAUUCCGGGGACGGCAGUGAGGAUGAGCAGAAGAUGAAACCCUUGGUGGAAAAUGAAGUUCUAACCAAAGCAGAGUUCUGCCAGUCCUCAGGUGAUGAAGCGGAGACAAAAUCUGGUGCACAGGCUGCCGCGGAUGAGGAAGACGAUGAUGACGACGAUCCUGAGAAUAGAAUCGCCAAGAAGAUGCUUCUGGAGCAAAUAAAAGCCGAUUUGUCGUCUGAUGAUGAUGUGUCCUCCGAAGAGCCGGAAGAAGGCAAGAAAGCCAAGAAGGUCAAAUCCCGGAAAGACGGCAAUGAGGAAGAUGAUGAUCAGACCAAUGAGGACAGUUCAGACUCGGACAGCAACUCGGAUUCAGCCAAGAAGCCGCGAUACAGACACCGCCUACUGCGAUCACACAAGCUGUCUGUGAGCGAAGGCGAGCUAGUCCGAUGGGGAAAAAGAUGGCAAGAAGAAAGACAAAUCUGCCAAUUCCAAGGAUGGAAAAAACGCCAAAACACACGAAUCGGCAUCUGGGAGUAAAGGCUCUGAUGUCAGCGAGGACGACAGUGACAGUGACAGUGACAGCGACUCGGACGAUCAGCGGCCCAGAACCAGGGCAGCAAAGAAGGAGGCUGAAGAGAACCAGAGGAGUUACAAGCAGAAGAAGAAGAGGAGACGGAUCAAAGUGCAGGAGGACUCCAGUGACUCCAAGGGUAAUUCAGAGGACGGUGACCAGGAUGACGACUCCGACUCCAAAUCCCCAGGAAAAGGUCGGAAGAAGAUCAGGAGAAUCAUAAAAGAUGACAAGCUAAGAACAGAAACUCAGAAUGCCUUAAAAAUGGAGGAAGAGAGAAGGAAGAGGAUCGCAGAGAGAGAGCGAGAGCGGGAGAAGCUGCGUGAGGUCAUCAUCAUGGAAGAUGCUUCGCCUGUAAAGUGUCCAAUUACCACCAAACUGGUUCUGGAUGAGGAUGAGGAGACAAAGGAGCCUCUGCUUCAGGUUCACAGUAGCUUGGUGACCAAACUGAAGCCUCACCAGGUAGACGGUGUUCAGUUCAUGUGGGAUUGCUGCUGUGAGUCGUUGAAGAAGGCGAAGAAGGAGUCGGGCUCUGGCUGUAUAUUGGCUCAUUGUAUGGGUCUUGGGAAGACUUUGCAGGUGGUGUCUUUCCUUCACGCCAUCCUCCUGAACGACAAGCUGGACUUCAGCACGGCUCUUGUGGUCUGCCCAUUGAAUACCGUUCUCAAUUGGCUCAAUGAAUUUGAAAAGUGGCAAGAUGGCCUAGAGGAAGAUGAGAAGCUGGAGGUUACAGAACUUGCGACUGUGAAGCGUCCUCAGGAACGAGGAUAUUUGAUGCAGCGCUGGCAUGACUAUGGAGGCAUUCUAAUUAUCGGUUAUGAAAUGUACAGAAAUCUGACUCAAGGGCGGAAUGUGAAGAGUAAAAAGCUGAAGGAACUGUACCAGAAGACCCUGGUGGACCCUGGUCCGGACUUUGUGGUGUGUGAUGAGGGCCAUGUGCUGAAGAAUGAAGCCUCAGCCAUCUCUAAGGCCAUGAAUUCUAUCCGGACCAAGAGAAGGAUCAUCCUGACCGGGACCCCUCUGCAGAACAACCUGGUGGAAUAUCACUGCAUGGUGAACUUCAUCAAGGAAAACUUGCUGGGUUCCAUUAAGGAGUUCCGCAAUCGCUUUAUAAACCCCAUCCAGAACGGGCAGUGCGCUGACUCCACCAUGGUGGACGUGCGGGUGAUGAAGAAACGCGCCCACAUUCUCUAUGAGAUGUUAGCUGGAUGUGUGCAGAGAAGAGAUUACACGGCUCUGACAAAGUUUUUACCCCCCAAGUACGAGUAUGUCCUGUCGGUGCGGAUGUCCCCCAUACAGUGCAAGCUCUAUCAGUACUAUCUGGAUAAUAUCACAGGUGUUACUCUGGGCGAAGGAGGCGGUGGCGGCCGAGGUAAAUCUGGAACCAAGCUUUUCCAGGACUUUCAGAUUUUAAGUAGGAUCUGGACUCACCCCUGGUGCCUACAGCUGGACUAUAUUAGUAAGGAAAAUAAGGGAUACUUCGAUGAAGACAGCAAUGAGGAGUUCGUGGUGUCCGACUCCGAAGAGACCACUUCCACGCCGAGCUCGGAGGAAGAAGCUACACCGGUGAAGAAAUCCAAGAGGAAAGGCAAGAACUCGAGCAGCUCCAGCGAUGACGAGAGUGACCGAGAGGUGGAAGUCAUUAAGGUGUGGAAUUCUCGGUCCCGGGGCGGCAAUCCAAAGGAUCCCAAGGAGGAGGUGGCAUCUAAAGCGCCCGCGCCCAAGGUGGAGGAAAGCAAAGCCACAUCGUCCUCCAGCCCUGGUAGCCCGGCUCCUGACUGGUACAAGGAUUUUGUGACAGAAGCAGACGCUGGUAUGCUGGAACAUUCUGGAAAAAUUAGCCUUCUGUUUGAGAUUCUUCGCAUGGCAGAGGAGCUCGGCGACAAAGUUUUAGUUUUCAGCCAGUCUCUCAUAUCGUUGGACCUGAUUGAAGAUUUUCUAGAGUUGGCGAGCAUAGAUAAGUCUGAGGAAGGAAAAGAAGAAGGAAAAGAUGGAAAGGAUGACGAUGAAGAAGCGGAACCCCCCAGGCCAGUUAUUUAUAAAGGUGAAGGGAAGUGGUUCAGGAAUAUUGACUACUACCGACUAGACGGUUCAACCACUGCCCAGACCCGGAAGAAGUGGGCCGAGGAGUUCAACGAUGUCACCAACGUGAGGGGACGUCUCUUCCUCAUCUCUACCAAGGCCGGAUCCCUCGGCAUCAAUCUGGUGGCUGCUAAUCGGGUCAUUAUCUUCGAUGCUUCAUGGAAUCCAUCGUAUGAUAUACAGAGUAUCUUCCGGGUCUACCGAUUCGGCCAGACCAAGGCGGUCUUCGUCUACAGGUUCUUGGCACAGGGAACUAUGGAAGAGAAGAUCUAUGAUCGGCAGGUCACCAAGCAAUCCUUAUCAUAUCGGGUCGUGGACCAGCAACAGAUCGAACGUCACUUCACCAUGAACGAGCUCACAGAGCUCUACUCGUUUGAGCCGGAUCUGCUAGAUGACACCAAUCCCGAAAAGAAGAAAAAGAGAGAGACCCCCAAACUGCCAAAGGACACUGUAUUUGCGGAGCUGCUGAAGAUCUCUAAGGAGCAGAUUGUCACCUAUCAUGAACACGACUCUCUCCUGGACCACAAAGAGGAAGAAGAGUUAACCGAGGAGGAGAGGAAGGCAGCAUGGGAUGAGUAUGAAGCUGAAAAGAAG